GCUCAUCUGGCAGGCUAUGGAUUUUGUUAUUGUUGUCUCUAACGUCCAUGUAUGGCUUCUUAUCUCAACUUUUCUGGGCCUGUAAGAGUAAUAUCCUCAAAAAGAACAGAAAACGCUAGAAGGAGGGGUCGAACCUCCGACCUUGUGGUUAACAGCCACACGCUCUAACCAACUGAGCUAUUCCAGCUUGUUUGAUAUUACUAGGUUUUAAAAAUAUUUUAAAAUAUUUUAAAAUAAAUUGAAUAUGGAGGGAAUGUCACCUCUCUCAAAGCAGAGACUGAUUCAAAAUACAAAUGUCUAGAAAAACUCUUUUAACUUUAAUCCAACGAAGACGGUUUUGAUCGUCUUCUCCAGAAAGUCCUUCCCUUUACGCUUUCCUCGAACCUUCUCUCUUCUCCCAAAAACCUCUCCACGAUGAAGCAUCGAAGGCAUUUGAUUAUCGAGAUCUGGGGAAAAAGUACUUCAACGUCCUGCUCUUGUUGAACGAGAUCAAAUGUAGGAUAUCGUCAGCAGAAGCAGAGAAAAGAUCAAAACUGGACCAUGCUAAUCUAUGCGUUCUUGUAUGCAUUGGUCAAAGGAGGGUUCUUUGAUGCAAUUAAGUGAUAGAGAAAUCUCAGGAGAUGAAGAUUUUGGGUAUAAGAAAGCAUUCAUGGAGAUUCACAAGAAGCUCAGGACAAAGGACAAAAAACCAAAGUUGUUGAUUGUCUCUAGAUAGUGUUUUGACACGUGGCAUUGCUAAUAUGAGGAGCAACUUGAUUAGGAAAAAGUUUUUAGUUAAAAAAGAUGGGCUUUUAUUAAAGGAGAGCUAAUCCCUACAUUAUAGGAAUACCCUUGGUUUUAAAGAAAUCUGGAGAAAAAAAAGACCAAAUGGAUUAACUCUUUUUCAUUUUGUUCAAACCUUUGACCCUUAAGGAUUUUAUCCUUUUGUUUUGUGUUUUCAAUAUAUAUUAAAAGGUUAAAUAUUUGAUGGAUUGGUCAUUGUUCCAGCCUCAAGAAGAACACAAACUUUUAACUGUUUUAUGAUACGGAGGAGAAGACUACUAACGGAGGCAGCCAUUGCCGGUAAAGUACAAGCAAUGGAAAAGAAUCAGAAGAAAGGACACAAUAAAAAGGGUUUUAAUCUAAAGAAGCAUAAAAAAGCUGAUCCAAGACAAACCAACAAAGGAGUGAACGAUGAGAAGCCUGUUCUGUUCCAGUUGGGGAGCAUUGCUAUGGUUAGUGAUGCUCGUCUCAAGGCAGAUCCAGAGAUCACCAACAGCAUACCUGCAUCUCCUUCCUUGUCUUCAUCAUCUUCUUCAGGGAAUAACAAUGCAAAAGAAAGGAAACUAUCAGAGUUACAAAGUUCAUCAAACACAUUUGGGUCACAAGUCUCUGGUGUGACUCAUGCAUCAUCAGUAGAGCCUGCGCUUCUUUCGUCGCCUUCUGUUCAGUUGAUGGAUAGAGAAGGAUCUGACCAAGUUUCUCAGCGAAACUCUUUACCGAUCUUGGAGAGAAGCUUGAGCGCGGUCUCGAAUGAUUCUCUGUUUAGUCUCAGCAUAGGUGAUAACGGAAUAACAAGAGAUGAGUUGUUUAGUUACCGUGACUUCAAGGCUGGAGAGCUUUUGAAAUCUAGUGAGCUAUUGUCUUUCUGCCCUUCUGUCGAUGUUCCUGUUGACUCUUCCGAUAUUGGUAAGAGCUUUGAUUUGGAGGACAAAGCUAGUGAGUUGUUAGGAAGUGACAGUGAUGAUAAGUCGUCAACCUCGGAGGUAUCGUGGAGGAACCUUGGUGAUAACUCAGACGAAGCGCCAAGCAGCACGCAGUCAGUUUCAUCUCCAAUAACAAAAAAGAAGAAGAAGAAAAAGAAGGUGAAGAAAAAGAAUACACAGCAGCAGAAGAAGAGAUGUUCUUGGUUGUGUUGCAAGGACACUGGACCGUGCUUCUCUUGUUGCCAGUGGCCAAAUUGUGAUUACGACCUCUCUUGUUGCAAGCGUCUAAAAUAUUGUUUGUGCUGCUGCGGACUGCCCCAAUGUUGCUUCUCUUCUUGUAGCUUGUUCUUUUGCUGCUGUUCCAGUUCUUCAAAGAAGUUGAUAGAUGAUGAGAUAGCUAUGCAGAAACCACAGAAGGCAGAGGUUAAAACAUCUCAUAAAUGGUUCUGUUGCUUUCCUUGUUGUGCUUCUUAGUUUAGAUUACUACCCACUAUGUUUUUUUUCUGUAGCUAAAGGGAUUAAAAGAAAAUUUAGAUUUUACACAGAUGUCAGUGUUUCUUGCUUA